CAGACAAUCAAAAACAGCGCAUGCACUGAAUAACCUUGGCACUGCUACUGCAAAAAUCUACCAACUACUGUACACAGAGAGCAAUGACAAGCUACAGAAACUCUACGAUCCAUACCGAUGGCAAGUUCCCCAAUGAUGACAGUUCCACAGGAUUUCUGGCCUUGCUCAUUACGACAGAUGACUUCUCUGGUGAUUACACGUAUAUUUCAAAUUCUACGGACGAUCUGAAUCUGAUUGAGAUGUGUGAACCCAGCAAUAAGCAGGAGGUGACCAAUGUGGCCAUCCAGGUUGCCCUUUUCUUCAUCAUCUUCUUCCUCGGUGUAACCGGCAACGGACUGGUCAUUGCCACUUUCGGCCAGUACCGCCGCCUGCGUCUGCGCUGCAUGACCGACGUCUUCCUCUUCCACCUAGCACUGUCCGACUUGCUGCUCCUGCUGACCCUGCCGCUACGCACAGGUGAGGCCCUCGCUGGCGGCUGGUUCUUUGGAGAGGGUCUGUGCAAGCUGAACCAUGGCGUGCACGCGAUCAACACAUACAGCGGCCUGCUGCUGCUGGCGUGCAUCAGUGCGGACCGCUACCUAGUGGUGGUCCGCGCGCGGGCGGCACAGAAGCUGCGGCCGGCCAUGCUGUGCUACGGUGGGCUGUGUGCCAUUGCUGUGGCGAUCGCCUCAGUGCUGCUGAGCCUGCCGGAGCUCAUCUUCUCCUCUGUGAAGCAGGAAGCUGGCAACGUGGCGCAACGCUGUAGCAUGAACAUCUGGAUGGAGGCCGACAGUGGCUGGGUGAAGAAGUUGGCAAAUGUGGCUAAGAUUGUGGGCUUCUGUGUGCCCUGCGUGGCCAUGCUGGUGUUUUACGGUGCCAUCGGGCAUGUGCUCCUGCAGGGUAAGGCCAAAUGCUGGCGCAGACAGAGGACACUGCGUCUCAUGUUGGCAUUGGUGCUGCUCUUCCUGCUCUUCCAGCUGCCAUACACCCUGGUGCUGUCUUUCCGAGUGUUUAUAGCUAUGAGUACUUGCGACGAGUGGGGCAGGGCCCACCUGAGCGAGGACGUUACCCGCAGCCUGGCAUACGUGCGUUGCUGUCUCAACCCUGUGCUCUAUGCCUUCGUGGCCGUGCGCUUCCGUAAUGAUGUGCUGAGGUUGCUGCAGGACAGGGGAUGCAUGUGUGCAUAUCUCUCACAUCUGGUGCCACAUCCAGAGUCUGGAGGUAUGACCACACCUCCUCCCACAACUCUCACAGCUGUCUCCUCUGUUCACGGACCCCCUAAAAGCCCACCUGUCACCGCCUCACCCCUCAUGCCACAGGAUAACAGCAAAGAAUCUUGCCUGCCCAAUUUGAUCUUUUCUGUCCCCAAUCCAUACAAAGACACUGCGCUCAUGAGCUGCGGACAGCAAUGA